AUGGCGCCUUCAGUGGCUGGGCUCUUUCAAGCUAUCAAUCAUGACUACGCAAUCUGGACCAUCGCAGGCCUUUUGAUUCUCCUUGGGCUCUAUAAGUGGUCAACUGCAACCGACAUCCCAAAGAUCAAGGGCAUUCCAGAGAUUCCUGGUGCUCUCCCAAUCCUUGGACAUCUCCAGCAGCUGGGGCCCGACCAUGCCACGGUUUGCGAAGGGUGGUGGCGGAAAUAUCGACAAUCCGUCUUUCAAAUCCGUCUGGGAAACACAAGAGCGGUUGUUGUAAAUUCUUUCGAAGACGCCCGGCAGAUGCUCGUUGGCAAUCAAACCGCUGUUAUCGACAGACCAACAUUGUACACGUUCCAUGGCGUGAUCUCCACCACUCAAGGAUUCACAAUUGGGUCCAGCCCGUGGGACGCAUCCUGUAAGAACAAGCGAAAAGCUGCGGGACAGGCUCUCGGCCGCCCUGCGAUGAGGGGCUAUUUCGACAUGUUCGACCUGGAGUCCUAUUGCAUUGUGCGUGACCUCUUCCGCGACAGCAAGAAUGGUGAAGUUGAGAUAGGCGUGCGACCCUACAUUCAACGAUAUGCCUUGAAUACCACCCUGACCCUCUGUUAUGGCAUCCGAAUGGACAAUGUCUACGACGACAUGCUGAGAGAAAUCUUGCACGUGGGAUCGGCAAUCUCACUCCUGCGUUCGGCCUCGGAAAACUAUCAAGACUACGUGCCAAUUAUGCGUUACUUCCCCAACAACGAAAAGAUUCGUCGGUCAAAGGAGCUUCGUGAUCGUCGUGACCGCUACCUGAAUUUCCUCCUCAACAAGGUCCGAGACAUGAUUAAGAAAGGCACCGACAAGCCUUGUAUCAGCGCCGCUAUCUUGAAGGACGAAGAGACCAAGCUGACCGGCGUCGAAGUCUCGUCGAUUUGCCUCUCGCUUGUUUCGGGCGGCUUCGAAACAAUCCCGGGCACCCUGACUUCAUGCAUUGGCUCUCUUGCCACCAAGGAAGGUCAGAUCUUCCAAGAGCGCGCCUAUGAGGAUAUCAUGCGAUACUAUGCGGAUCCGGCGGCUGUUUGGUCAAACAGCUUUCAGGAGGAGAAGGUUCCGUAUGUGAAUGCUAUCAUCAAGGAAGCCGCUCGGUACUACACCGUCAGCGCCAUGUCCUUGCCCCGCAAGACGGUGACCGAAGUUGACUGGAAUGGGGCCAAAAUCCCAGCCAAGACGAUGAUCCUCAUCAACGCCCAAGCGGCGAACCACGAUGUUGACCAUUUUGGUCCGGAUGCUGCGGUAUUCAACCCAGAGAGAUGGCUGAACGACGAGUACGUGACGCGGCCGUCGUCCACGGCGCCUGAAGAAAAGCCCAGCCAGGGCAUCCAGCAUUUCUCCUUUGGCGCGGGGUCCCGAGCCUGCUCUGGCCAAUUCAUAGCCAGCCGCCUCUUGUACACUGCGCUGGUAAGGCUGCUGGUGUGCUACAAGAUCGUGGCCAGCGAGACAGAGCCUCCGAACACGGAUUACGUUGACUACAACCAGUUCAAGUCGGCGCUCGUGGCCAUUCCCAGAGAUUUCAAGGUCAAGCUCAUUCCCAGGUACGAUGAAAGCGUGAUCCAAGACGUCAUGGCUGCGGCGGCCGAACGAACAAAGGAUUACUACAGUGAGGAGAGCUGA